CACAUCACGGCCGCCCGCGGGCAUGCUUGUUUGAUUAGCUUCGCUUUCUCCCAAGGCCGUCCGCAGUGUGCAGCAGGCGGGUACGUGUCGGUCGCCGGCAUUUGCGACGGAACAGCAGGACGGGACCACAGAAGCUGGGAACCCAUCGUGAGGACUGUGACGACUUGUCAUCGGUCGCAUCUCCAUGUCCAGCUUGUCCAGGCGGCAGUUAGUACCAUCAUUUUCAACCUCUUCAUUCAUUCAUCAAGCACGCCGCACGCCUCCGUACCUGCCAACUGAAUAGAUAGCAAUACCAAGCCAUCCGCAGCACCGCACCGCACCGCAGCAUGCCGCUCAACAAGCUGUCCUUUCCGCGUCCCGCGACCGCGACCGGUACCGGGCCUGCGUCGGCGUCUGCAGACUCGGCCCCCGACCCCGCCUCGCCACCGCCGUCCGCGUCCACUACAUCUGCGCCCAGCUUAGCCAUAGCGCCCACGCCCAAGUUCAAGCGCUUCCUCGCUAAAUGCCCCACCAAGAAGGGCCAGAACUCCAAGCACAAACGCACUGUAUCCGACGAAGGACUCGGCCACGUCCAGGCCGGCACCGCGUCAAGCUGCCAGCUCUUCUGCAUGUUCGAAGCUAUGGCCGCGGGCGCGCGCGGCAUCACGGGAGCAGGCCUACUCGAAGUCGAGGAGGACGAGGUCGAGGUCGACAGCCGCGGCGGCGUCCAGGUCGAGGUCGAGACGGCCCAGCCGAUGGGCGAGGGGCCGCCGGACGACGAGUUCCAUGAUGCCGACGAGUUCCGGGACACCGACAGCCUCGGUCACGAGAAGAUCGACUCGGAAGACACACCCGACGAAGACAAGAAGUACAGCUUUGCGCAGUGGAUCCGCGCCGAGCACGAAGACACGGGCGCAAAGCUGACUGCGCUUUCUAUGAACACGCUCAACUCGUCGUUCGCGAGUGCGAACGCGAGCUCGAGCACCGUCUCGCGGCCCGGCGCGCUGCGCCGGCCGUCCUACCGCCCCAAUCACUUGUACGAUACAGACGACGAAAGCGUGUCGACGGCCCCGACGUCGGAACAGCCGUUGACGCCCACCGCCUCGACGCCCACGACGCCCAAAUCUGCUGCGGUCCCGAGCCUUGCGGAGGAGAAGGACCGCUUCAGCCGUAACGAGUACAACGAAGCCGACAAGCUGCAGGCGAUCAUCGACGAGUUCGGGGACAUUGCCAGCAAAAUGGUGGACGCGGACGGACAGAGCGAGCCGGAGCGCAUCCUCGCCGAGAGCCAGGGCACGCUGUUCAAGGGUGUCAUGAUGAUCGGCAACUUGCACCUCACGACGCACCGGCUGCUCUUCCACGCGCUGCUGCCGCCCGACUCGGCGUUCAUGUCCCCCUCUGAAAUCGCGGAGCCGGGAGACGACGGCGCCGUCGCCCGCCCGAACAUCAUCUACGCGGGCCCGGUCACCGUCCACCGCUCGAACUUGUACAAGCCCAAGCAGCGGGUGUGGCUGGAGCUCUCGCCCGAGAUGAUCACAACCUAUCCCUCCGGCGACGAAAAGAGCCGUGUCCGCCCCCUCUUCUCCAUCCUCCUGUCCACCGUACUCCGGCUGAUGCCGUUUGAUGACGACCACCCCACCGACUUUGUCUUCACAUACGACUCGGCCGACGGCGAGCGCACCACCCAUUUCACCGUCGACAACGAGCAGAGCGCCAUCACCUGGCGCCGAUACUUUGAGAGCGCGCUGUUCCGUUACUCGCGCCGCCGGUUCCGCGACAGCCACAUGCGUGACUCGCUGCAAGGCGUCAUGGGCGCCAUGACCCACACGCAAGCCGUUGAAGGCUGGAGCAUGCUGCGCUGCUGCGUGCCGCUGGACCGCGCGCGCGUCGCCGGUGUGAGCGAGUACCACUCGUUCGCGACGCUCGUCAAGAUGGACAUCCGGCGCGACGACGCCGCGCCCGAGACGUCCGAGGGCAACUUCGCGGGCCUCAAGCAAGAGCUGCCCGAGUUCGAAGUGCCCCGGCGCGCGGUUACGGAGGACGGGGGGCGGCGGCGCUCGCGCUUCCUCCCCUCGUUGAGCCGGUCGAGAGACUCGUCCCGCGAAAGAACGAAGGAGAAGCGCGGCUCGGGCCAGUUCUCGUCCCCGCUGCGCGCGGAGACGGCGUACGCGUCGAGCCAGCCGGCGUUCGAUCCGGGCAGCAUUUCCCGCAACAAGACGUAUAUCGACGCGGCGCCGCCGCCGCGCCUCGACCCCGUCUCGGUCGAGGACGACGACAGCCUCUUCGACCUCGUUGUCGGCGUGCUCAACGAGCAAGCGUGGUUCGUGCAGGUGCUCGAGCCUGCGUUCGAGGCCGCGCGCGAGCGGCAGUACAAGGCGGGCGUGACGCCAGCAAAGUUCACGAUCGAUGUGGGCGGGUACGACUGCCUGGCAAAAGACGACGACAUCGAGGCACGCCGGGACCGGCGCAACUCGGGCGGCUCGGAGUCGAGCAUGCAAGACGACGACGAGGAGGCCGGCCGGCCGCUCGCGCUCAUCGAGGCCCGUAAGCGCGAAAAGGCCGCCAUGGCCGCGAGAGUAUUCGGCCUGCGCGAAGACGAGGGCAUCUGGCUCAAGCGCUGCUAUAUUGGCAAAGUCGCGCCGGCGCGGGGACACAUCAUCCUCACCCCGCGAUACAUCUGUUUCUGGCGGCGCGCGAACGUCGGCGCCGAUAUCAAGUACCGCUUUGCUGUGCGCGAUGUCAAGGGCGCGGAGGCGGCGCCGUCCACGCGCAUCCGGAUGCACGGGCUCGAUAUCCACAUCCACGGGCAGGAGGACCUGCACUUUGAGUUCUGGAAGAAGACGUCGCGCGACAUGGUGGUCGAGCGCAUCAACGAGCUCGUGCGCCUGCCCACGCCGCCGGGAACGGGGACGCAGACGCCGCAGAUGGCCGACUUCCCGCCCGACUCGGCGUCCGAGGCUUCCUCCGCCCAGCACUCAAUCGAGGGGCAGCAGGGCCCCGUCCAGAUGUGGCAGCAGGUGCGGGGGAUGAAGCUCGAGGACAAGGAUUUUGAGUUCAACCCCGCGCUCGGGACGGCGAGCACGCUCGCCCACGCGGCCAAAGUGCUCGCGCCGCCGCCCGACCUGCUUCUCUACCCGAAGGCGAUGAGCGACGAGGCGCUGAGCUACAUGCCCUUCGUGGCGAACCGGCCGUGGCAAGUACGCACGGGGUGGAACACGCGCCUGACGCCGCGGCGCUUCACGAUGCUCACUAUCGGCAGCCGCGGCGACGUGCAGCCAUACAUCGCGCUCGCGCUGCGCCUCAUGGAGGACGGGCACAAGUGCGUGAUCGUCACACACGACGAGUUCAAGACCUGGAUCGAGAGCUACGGCAUCGAGCACCGCCAAGCGGGCGGCGACCCGACGGCGCUCAUGAAGCUUAGCACGGACCACGCCAUGUUCUCGCCCGGCUUCUUCAAGGAGGCGCUCGGCGGGUUCCGGCGCUGGCUUGACGAAUUGCUCGUCGACAGCUGGAACGCGUGCCAGGACGCCGACGUGCUCAUCGAAAGCCCGAGCGCUAUGGCGGGCGUGCACAUCGCCGAAGGGCUCGCCAAGAAGAGCGGCAAGCCUGUCCCUUACUUCCGCGCAUUCACCAUGCCGUGGACCCGCACGAGCGCGUACCCGCAGGCAUUCAUGGUGCCGCAGAUCGAGAUGGGGCCGAGCUUCAACUACAGCACGUACGUGCUGUUCGACAACAUCAUGUGGCGCGCCAGCUCGGGGCAGAUCAACCGGUGGCGCAAGAAGUACCUCGGGCUUCGCAGCACCGACCAAGAAAGCCUGAGCAUCAACAAAGUGCCGUUCUUGUACAACUUCUCGCCGGCGGUCGUGCCCAAGCCCCUUGACUGGGACGACGCCAUCACGAUCACGGGAUACUGGAACCUGGAGAACAGCGACAUGGACUGGUCGCCGCCGCCGAGCCUCGACGCCUUCAUGGCGCAAGCAAAGGCGGACGGCAAGCCGCUCGUCUACAUUGGCUUCGGGAGCAUUAUCGUGCCGGACCCAGCGGCCGUAACGAAGAGCAUCGUCAAAGGCGUGGAAAAGGCGGGCGUGCGCGCCAUCAUCGCCAAGGGGUGGAGUGGGCGCGACAAAGCCGCGGACGCCGAGGACGACGAGCCGCUCCCGGCCAGCUGCUAUUCUGUCGACAAGGUGCCGCACGGCUGGCUGUUCCCCAAGCUCGACGCGGCAAUGCACCACGGCGGGGCGGGGACGACGGGCGCGUCCCUCCGCGCCGGCAUCCCGACGCUCAUCAAGCCUUGGUUCGGCGACCAGCACUUCUGGGCGCUGCGCGUGGCCAAGCUCGGCGUCGGCGCCAAGGUGUCGUCGCUGCGCUCUGACGACAUUGCGGACGCGCUGACCAAGGCGACGACCAGCCGCGUCAUGGUGGAGAAGGCGGCGCGGAUUGGCGAGCGCAUCCGCGCCGAGAGCGGCGUCGACGCCGCCGUACAGGCCAUCCACUACAAUAUCGUGCGGGCCGCACGGGACCGGCGCAGACUCCGCAAGCAGGAUAAUGCGCAUGGUGGCGCGCGCAUGCCGGUCGGCAUCCCGAAGCGGGGGAUGACGGCGCCGACUAUGUGCACCGUGCUUGCGGACGGGGCAGGCGAGCGGAGCGCGCGAUGAGCGGGUGAGCGGGUGAGCGGGGAAGCGGAUGAGUGGAGAGCGCUCGAGCGCGCGAACAAAGAUCGCGAGAAGUUGUUAUGUUGUACAACGUUCCAGUAGAUGUAUUGUCUGCGAUAG